CUAGAGAAACUAGAAAAAGAUGCAAGCAAAUCAAAAAGCAGAAAGUAAAGGAAGCAAGUGUUGUGUUUUAUAUAUUUUUCAUUUAAAUCUACUACGACUAUUCUUUUGUCUGGCUUAAUUGUGCUUGAGUUAAUUACAGAAGUAUUUUGGGAAUAAUGGAUACAAUACUAUUCAAAAGUAGAUAAGCCUAAAUCAAAGAUGAAGUUACUAUUUAUUUUAUUAAUUGCGUUGGAGGCCUUUGUAUUAGGAUUGGAGAAUAAAGAUAGAAAGGAUAUCACUGAAAUAUCUAGGGCUUUGGAUGACCGGCCGCUCUUGUUUGCCACGUUAGGCGGCGGCAUGGUGGCCGUGGAGCCGCAAUCAGGAAAUAUUAUAUGGAAACUAAAAGAUGAACCAGUGGUAAAAGUACCAAAUCAGCAUGCUAACUUGAUGCCCCAAUUCUUACCUGAUCCAAGACAUGGGUUCCUAUACAUGUAUGGUCCUAGAGGGGACAAGCAAAUGCUUAAGAAGUUACCUUUUACUAUACCAGAGUUGGUUGCCAAUGCGCCGUGUCGGUCGACAGAAGGAAUUUUGUAUACAGGGAAAAAGAGUGAUACAUGGUUUAUAUUGGAUCCCUUGACAGGGACGAGGGAACAAGUUUCAGGUUUUGAUACAUCAAAGAUAUUCAAGAGUGAGGAAGAUAACACGUGUCCGCCGGACAAGAAGCGCGGUGUUUUCGUCGCGCGGACCGAGUACAAUAUCCUGAUGCAUGACGCGAACAAUGACAAUCAGAAGUGGAAUGUCACAUUCUUCGACUACACUUCCCAUGCCAUGGGCAAGGAAAUGCUAAAUGAUUAUGGUAUAAUACAUUUCACGUCAACUUCAAAUGGGCGGGUAAUGUCGUUUGAUAGAAAAACUGGCGACCUUGUGUGGUCGCACAACUUCGAAACUCCGGUCAUAGCGGCUUAUUUGCUAGACAGAGAAGGGCUGAUUUCUGUCCCUUUCAACUCGAUCGGUGAUGAUACUUUGGACCAUAUUAUGGAGGAUGCUACUACUCUGACGAAUGGACAAGGGAUUAAAAACUCGAAUAUUGAGUUAUAUCCCACUCUGUACAUUGGAGAGCACAACCACGGACUUUACGCUCUCUCCUCGCUUGUGGACAAAAACACUGUCACUAUAUCCACGGGACAUAGACCACUGCUCUUAGAAGGUCCGGUCACAGAGACCCAGGCAAAAGGCGAUAGGGAUACAUACGAGCCCUAUAAAAACGUGCAUUUUCAACUCAACGAUAUAAACUUACACGUGACACCUCCAUAUUUGCUACUAGGGCAUUAUAAAGUGCCAGAGCUUACUACAACGUGGAUACCGCAACUGCCAAACACAAAUUUAAUGAACCAAAAUGUACCCCAAAACAACGGCAUGAAACUGAUAAAUGGACAAGUCCAUUCAGCUGAACAAGAUGGCGAAAAUGAAACUAAAAAGUCUAACUCUGUGUCAGUGUCUGUCCAAACAGAUGAAUUGGAGAUCAAAGAGUUUUAUUUCAGACCUGAUCUGUGGUACAAGCAAGCGUACAUUUGGUUGCACCAGCAGGAGAAUAAAGCCUUGAAAGUGUUGCUUAUAAUUCUGAUGGGGUUGGUUGUUACCAUGUUCUGGUAUCUGCGAUAUCAGGCUCGCGAAUUCCAGCAACUUUCGCAAGGAGGAUCUCGUAGUUCGAACACAUCAACGUCCUCUCAAGGAGAAGUGACCGGCCAGUUGGUAGACGUAGGCGACGGGGAAGUCCGCAUUGGCAGGAUUAGCUUCAACACUGACCAGGUGCUGGGGAAGGGCUGUGAGGGCACUUUUGUGUAUAGAGGUAUGUUUGACAAGCGAGCAGUGGCAGUGAAACGGUUACUCCCAGAGUGUUUCACUUUCGCCGACCGCGAGGUGGCGCUUCUGCGUGAAUCUGAUGCGCACGCGCACGUUGUACGUUAUUAUUGCACUGAACGGGAUAAGCAGUUUAGGUACAUAGCUCUAGAAUUAUGCUCGGCGACGUUACAAGACUAUGUGGAGAAGAAAUUGAGCUUCGAAUGUCAGAUCAAUGCAGUUGAAGUGUUACGGCAGGCCACAUUGGGCCUUUCGCAUUUACAUUCCAUGGAUAUUGUCCACAGAGACAUAAAGCCCCACAACGUAUUACUGUCGAUGCCAACGGGUUCGGGCGAAGUUAGAGCCAUGAUCUCAGAUUUUGGUUUAUCGAAGAAGCUGAAUAUAGGACGCGUUAGUUUCUCACGAAGAUCUGGAGUUACUGGCACUGAUGGAUGGAUUGCGCCCGAGAUGAUCAAUGGGGAAAGAACGACAACAUCAGUGGACAUGUUUUCUUUGGGCUGCGUAUUUUACUAUGUGCUGUCAAAAGGAUGCCAUCCGUUUGGAGACAUGUUAAGAAGACAGGCCAAUAUAUUGACCGGAGAUUAUAAUUUAGAUCAGUUAGACAAAGUAUUGCCAGAAGAGGAGGUGCUGGUAACAAAGAUUUUGAUCAGGGCGAUGAUAUCUGGCAAGGCGCACGCGCGGCCGCCGUGUGAGACUGUGCUCAAGUACCCCAUGUUUUGGGGCAAGCAGAGCAUAUUGAACUUUUUGCAGGAUGUUAGCGACCACGUAGAAAGUUCCAGUAAAGAAGGCAUAGAGCAUCCUCUAGACAAGGGAGCCCGCUGCGUCAUUCGGGGUGACUGGAGGUUGCAUGUAUGCUCUAUGGUUGCGGGCGACUUGCGCGCGCGACGCACUUAUAGAGGGGACCGAGUCUCACAUCUACUGAGGGCUAUUAGAAAUAAGAAACAUCACUACAGAGAACUGGAGCCCGAAGUUCGGGACAGUUUAGGAAAACUACCAGAUGGCUUCAUCACAUACUGGAUAAGGAGAUUCCCCCUUUUACUCCCACACGUGUGGCUCCAAAUGCAACAGUUCAGACAAGAAGACAUUUUACAAGUGUACUACCCACAUUCCUUUACAUUCAACCGAGAAGAUGUAUUAGAACUUUUGGACGACAAAGAUUACGUGGACAAAAUACCUAUGGAAGUCGAUACAGAGGUAAAUGGACUAUUCCUUAAGAGCAAAGUUUACUUUGACGAUAAUGAUAAAGAAAAAAGGUUUUAUAGACAUGGCUCGCCGAAGAAACGCGUCGAUUGGCGCAGUGAGCAGAUCGAAUUCAGAACGCGACAAGAUGACAUCAGAAUGAGGGAUAGGCAUUAUAAAAAAGAUAAGAAAAAGGAGGAAAUUCCCGUUUGGAGCUUACCUCCCCAGUAGGUUUAGAUGAAAUUACCUAUUAGAUUUAUUUAUUUAGUUUUAAGUCGAUAAGUACAGUUUUUAUAGUGAUUUUAAUUAUACAGUACCUAAUGCAUUUUAUAAUGAAAUUAAUUCAUGGACAAAAUAUAGUCAGUCAACUUUGUAAUUUUCUAGCUUUGCUCAAUAAAUUACCAAAUUAUAAAAAUUAACGAAUUUCCAAACUGGGCGGGGCUUCAAAAAGUGGCUAUGGUGUCUAUUCUCUUGUACACAUAUUUUAUUAUAAACUAAAUUGAUGGAUUUUGAAAAGUUUAAAUUUUGUGUAACAUACAAAAAUUUAAAUUCUCACAAAUAAUUACAAUAGUGAAUUUUGCACAUUUUUGUGUUGAUUAAAUAAUUCUUAUUAAGGUGGAUGCGACGGGUCUGCCUGCGAAAUUCAAAUUUUAUUUGAUUUUUCGCAAUCUGUAUACUAAUACGACAAAGUAGGCUUAUGAAAUUCUAUUUGCGACAAUAACAGUAUCAU